UCUUUCCUUGGCCUGGCUGUGCGCGAUUGAUUGCGACCUCAGCUAGUUGCCAGUGCGUGUCACGUCGCGCCAGAAGCCAGAUGUAGAGGUUGUGCUAGCUGGACGUGAGCGUGGGUGGAGAAAACUGAAUCAGUACAGUCAGUGUAUGUGUAUACAUUCCAAAAUAUUUCUGGUGUUUUCUUUGAAAUUUGGUAGACCCUGGAAGUGCGAGAAAUUUCCAUCUACGCAAAUAGGGAGCACGAGAGAGAGAAAGGUGUUGUAAUCCUCUGAGGGAUUCGCUGUGAAUGGAUCGUGUCAGCAGAAAUACUACCCUAAAAGCACCGUCCUUGAGCUAAACCUUCAGCCAUUUGGCCAAACAAUUUGACCGAUUCUUCUCAACAAACAAUCGAGCAGCAAUUGGAGGUGCCAAUAAUCGAUGGAUGUUCCAUUUUGUCCCCGGUCCAAUUUAUGGACUGAGGUGCCUUUCUGUGGAGAGCAGGUGGUUGUGGCAAGCUGCCUGUGUGUGCUGACGGUGGGCGGUUUGCUGAGGCGACUCUGCUGCUGCGGAGAUGAAAGCAAAGGCAACAGUCUGCCGAAGCGCCUGCGGGUGAAGACGUCAUGGGGCAGGAUUCAACGCGCGCUCGUGAUCCUGGUGGCGCUGCUGUUUCUGGCUGACGGUGCUGUGACCGGCGCUAUGCCUCCUCGCAAGGUGUAUGGUAUUGUUCUAAUUAGGGACGUAGUAGGUAUGUUCACCUACCUCUCCAUGUACGUUUUCCUGCACCGGGAUUGGCAGUACGCGUUUGUGCGGCGCGCCACGCACCACUCGUCCCUGCUGCUUGCCGCCUGGACGCUCUCGUCCAUACUCGGUAUUGGCAUGGUCGUCAACGCAUUCUACGGCAGCACCGCACAUGGCACCGAGCUGCUCGCCAAGCAGAGCGUCCACCGCGCUCUGGCCUGUUCGAUAUUCACAGGCUGCCUCACCUCGCUACUUCUCGGCUUGUUUUCGCCGGUGUACCGAAUGACAGGCGAACGUCUUCUCAUCAAUGCUGACCUUGAUUCGGAUUCGGACGGUAUUGAAGAUGCGGAGAGCGGCCCGUCGUCGCCUGAAGCCGACCGCCGCGCUGAAUCACCGUUCAACAACUUCUGUAAGAAGACGAAGCGACUCUGGCCGUAUCUGUGGCCCAAGGGCAGUGUUGGCCUGCAGUUACGCGUGCUGAUAUGCUUCUCGUGCCUGGGACUUGGCCGCGUGGUCAACCUCUAUGUUCCCAUCUACUACCGAGACAUCAUCAACGACUUCACGAACCCGGUGGUGAACACGUCAUCGCCGGCCGCAGAACAGGACAAAGUCAACCACCUGACGGGCCUGAGCAUGCCCUACAGCCACCUGCUGGUCUGGGUUGGCCUGCGCUUUCUGCAGGGCAGCGGCUUCGGCAGCAUGGGCGUGCUGAACAACGUGCGCACGUUCUUCUGGAUACGCGUGCAGCAGUACACGAGCCGCAAGUGCCAGGUGGACCUGUUCCAGCACCUGCAUCACCUGUCGUUGCGCUGGCACUUGGGCCGCAAGACCGGCGAGGUGCUGCGCAUGAUGGACCGCGGCACUCAGUCGAUCAACAACCUCCUCAGCUACCUGCUGUUCAACAUCCUGCCCACGCUUGUGGACAUUACUAUUGCCAUUGUCUACUUCACCACCUCGUUCAAUGCCUGGUUCGGCCUCAUCGUCUUCCUCACCAUGGCCUUGUACAUCUCGUUCACUAUCUGGACGACGGAAUGGAGAACGAAGUUCCGGCGCGACAUGAACAAUAUGGACAACGAAACGCGUGCCAAGGCCGUCGACUCACUGCUGAACUUCGAAACGGUGAAGUAUUACAAUGCUGAGCGGUACGAGGUGGAUCGCUUCGACACCACGAUUCGCAAGUACCAGGAGUGCUCAUGGAUAUCUCAGGCCACGUUGAACCUGCAGAACAGUGGGCAGAACGUCCUGAUCACGGCCGGCUUGCUCGGCGGCUGUUUCCUGUGCGCAGAUCUCAUUGUGCAGGGUAAACUGCACGCCGGAGACUUUGUCCUCUUCGCCUCGUACAUCAUCCAGCUGUACGCACCGCUCAACUGGUUUGGCACCUACUACCGCAUGAUCCAGCAGGCUUACAUCGACAUGGAGAACUUCUUCGACUUGCUCGACGUCGGCCAAGAAGUCGAGGACGCGCCCAGUGCCAAAGCACUGCGAGUCGAUCACGGCGGCCUCGAGUUCAGGCACGUCAACUUCCAUUACAACCCGGAGAAGCCGAUCUUGCGCGACAUCUCGUUCAAGGUCAACCCCGGUGAGACACUGGCGCUGGUCGGUCCGUCCGGCGGAGGCAAGAGCACGAUCAUUCGACUGAUUUUCCGAUUCUACGACGUGCAGACGGGCCAGGUGCUGAUCGACGGGCAGGACAUCUCCACCGUAACGCAGAAGUCCCUUCGCUCGUGCAUCGGAGUCGUGCCCCAGGACACCGUACUGUUUCACGAUACGAUCCGCUAUAACAUUCGCUACGGUCAAAUGGACGCCGACGAUUCGAAUGUAGAGGAAGCAGCCAUGGCUGCUGACAUUCACCAGAAGAUCUUGACAUUCCCAGAUCAGUACGCCACGGUCGUUGGCGAGCGAGGUUUGAAGCUAAGCGGUGGAGAGAAGCAGCGCGUGGCCAUUGCCAGGACCAUCCUGAAGGCACCGUACUUUGUCCUUCUCGACGAGGCCACGUCGGCCCUGGACACGCACACCGAGCGUAACAUCCAGUCCUCGCUGGCCACCGUCUGCAAGGGACGCACCACGGUGGUGGUAGCGCAUCGCCUCUCCACCAUCAUCCACGCCGACCAGAUCCUGGUGCUGAAGAAUGGCUGCAUUGUGGAGCGUGGCCGCCACGAUGACCUCCUAACCGCCGACGGGGUCUAUGCUAGUAUGUGGCAUGAGCAGCAGAAAGCCGCUGAAGAUAUGGGCGCUGUGUCUGACUCGCCAUCGAGUGUGGACGAGGAUAAGAAGACUGAAGUUGCGCACCUUUGAAUCCUCUGUAGUGUCUGUGAGCGUGUGCUAAAGUGAACCGCCUAUAUCCCGUCACACCCGGUUCUGUAUCGCCUUGCUCAGAAUGAAACCGGUAACAGUCAACGUCAAGCUCGCUUCAGCUACUUGAUGCACGGUGAAGCAUUUCAGCAGGCCACAGGUGGUGCCUUCCAGGACAUCUGUAGUCUUGUUGUGUGUUGAUUGCUACCAGCCUAGAACCAACAUACUCAUCGAUCUAUACUCAUUGGUCUACUCAUCGGUCUCGCGUCCGUUCAUUUUAACCAAGUCUUUAGCGGCCCGUACAUCCGAAGCGUGUUGUGUUGAAGUGCAGGAUUCUAUUUGCUUCUUCAGGAACAGGAGACACUGCUAUCUGAACAUUUGCAGUCUAGUUCUGCGUUGAUUGUAACCAGUCUAGAACUGACAUACUCAUCGGUCUCGUGUCCGUUCAUGUUUAACUUGAUCUCUCCCUAUAUCUGAUUCUGAAGCACAUUGUGUUGAAGUGAAGGAUUUUAUUUUGUGUUCUACUCAAACAAGAGACACUGCUUUCUGAAGUUUCAUAACAAAAAUCUGCGUGGUUGAUUUUGACCAUGUAUCAGUAGACACAUUCCUUUGAGUUUUUCUUCAGCCUGAUCCAGAAUUGCGAAUCAUCGGCGAAUUGAGGAUAGGCUCCACUGAUCUGAUUUAUUAUCGUAUUUUGUAAAACAUUCUAUUCAAGCCUAUUCCUAUGAACCGGAAUGGAGUGGUAUGCAAACUCUGCAAUUCCACAUCUAUA